AUGCCGGCAGGAAGCGUGCCCAGCUGGGCCAUGACCUCCUCCUCGGCAAAGCUGUUCGGCGACGGUGACACCAAAGCGAACGGUCGCGCAGCAGCGGAUGCCCAGCUUGCAUCUUCGAGCGACAAGACCGCCUAUUCCUCAGCAGCAUCGCAGCAGCAGCAAUCCAGCACAGAUACACCAUCGAGACCCGUCACCGCUAUCGACUACGCCUCAGGACAAGCUGCAGCGGAUGCAGAGCACGAAAAGCCGUAUCAACCAAAACGCAAGCAGAAGCCCACCACGCAUUGCCCGCCGCUCACGUCCAUCGCCUCGUCUUCUCGCGUUCCUUACUCGAUACCUCACAUUGACGAGCCGAGCGCAAAUGAAGCGCUCUUUCAGCUCAUAGCGGUGCAGGCAAAGCGAGCAGGCUUCGACGCCACCACUUCUUCGGCACUGCACGAGGUCAGCCAACUCGCGAAAAAUUUCCUCACUUCGGUCUUCUCGGCAGCCACGCACGCAGCCGAGAUGUCUUCUCGAGAUCAACCCUCGGCCAGAGAUCUCAUUUAUGCGCUCGAGACGCACGGUCAGCCCAUCCGCGAACUGCGAGACUUUCACCGAAAAGAGCCAGUUGAUGAUGCAGACGAGACUAGCAAGGCAAGAGCCAAGGCAAAGGAGCAUGCGAGCGCACCAAAGACAUAUCCAGCCAGAACUCGAGCAGCUAGGCGGAUACGAGAUGCAGGCAGUGUACGGGAGGAGAACGAAGACUGGACGCAGGCAAGCGACGCCUUUCUGCCGUCCGACUCGGACGACGGCUCGGAGAUGGAUGCAUGGUCUGUCAGCAGCGACUCGGACGACGAGCACGGCAACCGCCGCGCCGCGGUGCAUGCUCGAGUCAUGAAGCGCAAGCACGACAAUGCGCGUGCACUAGCAAAGCAGCAACGUCGACAGGAGAAGCUGCGUCAACCUUCGUCGGGAGAGCAAAGCACUUCAACAUCCUCGAGGGAUCUCAGAGCGCUCACCUCCGGAGAACAGGCGUGGCGACGGGUGGCCAACCACGUCGUCCCGCGUCACUUGCCGGGGAUGCCACCCAGACACGCAUGGAUGCAGACGCCUGCGUAUCCGACCAACGCCUACGGCUCCUUGCUGGGUGGUGCCGGUGAUGCUGACGAAGAAGCGAGCAAAGGCAAAAGGGAUCCGCUCGUGUUGGUCAACCGGAAGCUCGCCAAUGCUAGGCUGGUCGAGGCUUCAUUGAGGAAGUUGAUUCAAAACACGGAUGGUGCUGCCGCAUCAGCAUACGCCUCUUCGUCGACACACACGAAGGCUGCCAUCACCACAUCGAGCGCAGAUCAAGCAGCGUCUGCCGCGGCAAGGAAGGAGGUAUCUCCGACCUCUUCAGCUCCUCCGCCGUCCACGUCAGUGGCGGCAUCUGCGAGUGGAGGCUUCGCAGUACCCAAGACACCCGCCAGCGGCGCUAGUGUGAGCGGACUGACACUGCGACUCAACCGCAAGAUCAGUCUUUCAGCUUCCGCUUUCAACUCGCCUACGCAGACGCAACCAUCGACGCCGAUCGCCAGCCGCAGAGCAUCGACUGCUCUGGGCGUCGGUGGAGCUGCGAGCGCGAGCGGAGCAUCGGGCACACCGAUCGGCAUGGGUAUGUCGAUGGGCUGGGGAGGCGAGCCGCUCAUGUCGCCGCUUACACCUGCGUCGGCAAAUCCAGGAGGAUUUCCAACCCCCUACCCACCGACACCUGUGGGAGCGUACGGGCAGUACUUUGGAUCCGGCGCCAGCGGCGCAGGUGCGGGUGGAUACCGAUCCAGAUCUCAGUCUAUUGUUGGAGCGCAUGGAGAAGCGUAUGGCGGCGCAUUGACAGGUGCGGGAGACGGUAGCGGCGCCACGGCUCCCGAUCAGCUAGGUGUCAGGUUGCCGGGUGCGGUAAAUUACAAGAACGUGUGGUAUGCGCCAGGCAGCACCAUCGCCAGCGGUGGCUUGGCUGCGAGCGGCGCUUCGGCCAAGUCGACGGGCAAUCAUCCCCGCUCAGUCAAGAGGAUGCGGAAGUGGAAGGUGUAG